AGCAGACGUCGUAUCGUGAUUUAACUUCACAAAAAGAGGAAGAUGCUUUGCUUCAUCUGUCAAUCGUUGAACAAGGGGAACGAGCGCAGAAGGAAAAUUUUCUUCCUCUUCGUUACUGUCAUCAUCAUCAGCCUCAUGUUUGGUGUGAAAUACCCUGUGAAGUUCAAGUUAAACCUCAAGCCAAAUCAGUCUGAGUGCCACCUGCAGAUCUCUAAACACACCAUCACCCCCCUCCACAACACCAAGCACCUCCUGGUUUCGGCUUUCAUGGACCAGAGGGUGAGGGGUUUGGAUGUACGCAUCAUUGGCAUAUUCAGGAGAGACUCCAUCCAGCCCCUUUACUGUCACUUCUGCUGUACAGAUCAAACAUCUGAUGGCACUCCAGCAAAAAUUUUUGAACACACAGACAACUUUGGUUUUCCUUUUGUGACCACAGAUGUCAUGUGCCAACUUCCUCCAAACUGUAAGGCUUCUCAUGUCAGUCUUCUGCCUGAUACACAAAACAAAAAAGCACCCUAUCAAAACUGGCUCACAAUACGAAAUCAGAAGAACGUUGGUGAGGAAGACAACAAGCUGCAGUUUAACUUCACAGUCUGCAUAUCCAGCUUGUUUGGAGGCUACAACAAUGUGCUUCAGUUUACACAGACUAUGGAAAUCUACAGGUUGCUGGGGGUGGAUAGGGUAGUGAUCUAUAAUACUAGCUGUGGUCCAGAUCUUGACCGUUUACUGCAAACUUACACACAGGAGGGUUUUUUGGAAGUGGUUACCUGGCCCAUUGACCAACAUCUCAAUCCAUCUCGUGGGUGGCUUUACACAAAGCAUGGUGGAGACCUACAUUACUACGGACAGUUGACUACACUAAAUGAGUGCGUUUAUAGAUCCAUGGACCGGUCUCGCUAUGUCCUGUUGAAUGACAUAGAUGAGAUCAUAAUGCCAUACCAGCACAACAACCUGAUGGCGCUAAUGGACAUGCUCCAACAGCAGCAUCCAAAGGCUGGAGUAUUCCUCAUUGAGAAUCAUAUUUUCCCCAAAAAACACUUUGAACCAAACAGGAUGUUUAAUUUACCGCAAUGGAAAGAUGUGCCAGGAGUUAACAUUUUGGAGCACAUCUAUCGGGAGGAGCCAGACAGAACAAUAGUCCACCCCUACAAAAUGAUAGUUCAGCCAAGAGCUGUGGAGCAGACGUCUGUGCACAGUGUGCUCAAGUGGUUUGGAGAAACUUUGACUGUUAACCCAGAUGUGUGUCGGCUCAUUCACGUCCGCGUGGCUCUGCGGAAGGUGUUAACGCUGGACCAGCUUCAUGUGGACAAAAGACUGUGGGACUUCAGUGAUAGGAUGAUCGUCAACGUGGACAAGGUGUUGAAGUUGGACAUGUUGAGCCCAAAGAAGAACCUGAGUGGACAGGUGACAAUGUUUUAAAGAAUCUGUUCUCAAAUGUACAACCAUGCCUGUGAACAUUUAGACUACAGUGACUCAGAUGUCACAUGUGACAGUUAUCUGGUAUUGCCACACUGACAAACCAAAUUAAUGCAACCCAGACCACAUUUAUUGAAGAUUUGAGGAAGUAUCUCCUCAUAUGAGUGUGGGUUUAAAAGCUUUAACGAGACACUGUUUUAUCACUGUUGCUUCCCCAACUUUUAAAAUAGACUAGUGGAUUUGGCUCAUAUCACUGAGAUGCGUAAUUCUGAAACUAAACAAGAGAUCUGUCCUGAAGGACAAGUCGCUUCUUUGAAAGUGGUGUUGUAAACUCGAGUGAGAGAUAUUUGGCAUUCUUCCCUGAUUUGUCUCACAAAAACGAUGCCAAGGUUGACAUCCUCUGACAUCAUGCAAGACGGUUGUAAUAUGAACGUAUAUUCAAAUGUCAUGGGUCUGCAAUGAUUGGUGUGGAGGUACUGUGAGGCGAAAGCCCAUUUUUACAUGUGAACCAAGGAGCUGACCCAGAAGAAGUAAGUCAAGGUCGAUGAUCUCUGAAUUCAAGCAAGCACAUUACAAUCCAGGAUUUGACGUCGAGUGAUAUUGUGGUGAAGGCCUAUUUUUAUGUUGACCUGAAUCUGAUCCAAACAAAGUAGGUCAAGGUUGGCACUCUCUGAAACCACAUGAGGGUUAUAAUAUGAACUUAAAUCUGAAAUAUCUUAAUUCUGUGAUGAUUUGGUGUUGAUUAAUGGCACUGACAGGUGGAGCCCAUUUCUGUAGCUCCUGGACUAUGGCAGUGCUAACUAAAAAGAGAGAACAUUGCUUCAUAAAAAUGAUCCAGUCUGGAUACAUUGGGCCAACAUAUUUUAGGUGUUCCCAUAAGGUGUGUCAUAGGGCCUGAGAACUUUGUCACACAACACUCCCAACAUUUUGAACUUUUAUUUCUGAGCCAUAUAAGGUUACAGUCCAAACCCACACAUUUCAUUAGUCUGUUUCUUAGUUGUUGUGAUAGACUUUUAGAUGUUACGAUCCUUUGAUUCCUGUUGGUGCCAUACGCGUAUGGACAUAUGUGAUAUUAAAGCCAUGAUUUGUUGA